AUGGAUCCACUAGAUGGAAUUCCUGAAAAAAUUCUCGGUUACAGUGUUAAAACAAGGUGGCAGAUCAGUUUAAAUUAUUUGGUUCCAUGCAUCAUCGAAUUGAUUGUUUAUAUAAGUUUGAUGGUGGUUGAUAGUGCCGUCGUCUAUCAACACUUACUUGAUAGACAUUACUUGAAUGCUUGGAUCACCCUUGGAGUGAUUUUUGUUCCACCUGUAUUGACAUUCUUCUGCGUUAUGAUCUCAGACCAAUGGCCAAUGGAGUCAGGAUGUGGGAGUGAGAAAUGGAAAUUCUUUGGACGCCAGAAUGUCAAUCUUCUUCUAUUUCCAAUUUGCGCAGUAUACAGAUUUUCGCGAAAAGUUUUUUGGUGUAUCGAAUCGUUGUUUCAUGAGAAAAACACUUAUGAAAGACAUCACGCAUUAACGAAGGCAGCAGAACAUUCACCAUUUGAACUUUAUCACUUUCUUCAAUCAUUUUUCCAUUCAGCACCGCAAAUUAUUUUGCAAAUUUUCAUUUUGCUCCGAGAUGAUAUGUUUAGAAAUUAUGACACAGCCUUUAUGCAAUCUAUCAGCGUGAUCUUAGCUUUUAUUAAAAUGGCUAUGACAGUUGAGUCAUUUCAAAGAUUUGAAAGUCAGAAGUGUGUUGGUAAAAAUUAUCCAUGGCUGGCACCACAUCAAGUUCAUAUUAGAAGCACCAGCUUCAGAAGAACUUUAUCAGCACCAGGAGAAAUUUCCAAAAACAAUGCUGAAGAUAAUUCAAACCUGGAACGUAAAACGAUGAAUGUUAAUGAGAAUAAUUUUGAUAGUAGUAAAGAAACACCCACAAAGGAAAUUGAUUUCUUUAAAAACAUAACAGAUGAUGACAAACUGAAGUCAAUGAAUGAACCAAUUUAUGAUGAAAUCGAUGCCAGUAAGCAUGCAUCAACAUCACAAGAUAUUGAACCUGAUGAUGAUUUGAUUGAGAAUAUCAAUGAGAUUAAAGAAUAUUUGCGGAAAACAAGCGCUGAUCUUGAAUUGGAUUCACCAAUACUUCGUCAUACUGGAGAAAACUUUGAUCGAGUUCCAUCGUUGCCACCCCCACCACGACCUACAAGCACCAAGCAUCCUUAUUUAGAGAAACUUAAUCGACUGUCAACAUUUAAAGACAUGCUGAUAUUCAAUACUGAAAAUUUUAUUAAAGAAAAAGUUCCAAGACUGCCCGAAGGAAUGUUCGAACAUAAUCAAAAAGCAAAGGAAAUUAAAAAGGAAAAUCAAACAAUGUCACCAGCAUCAUUUACUGAUGAAACUGACAUUUUAUUACCAACAAGAAGAAAAGUUGUCGAUGGAAUUGAAAGCGAUGAUUUGGUUGCAAAAUUUAUAUCAUUUCUUGGCUGGGUCAUGUUCCUGAUAAUGCGAAUAAUUUCAUUGUCAGUUUUCUCCGUAUUCUAUCUGGAAAUCUGCGCUUGGCUUUGCUUCGCACAUUAUCUUUUAAUGCUCCUUUGUCUUAUCAAUGAAACUCGAUUCAAAGUUAAAUGGCAACGUACAACUUUCUAUUUCAUUCUUGCUUACAUCUUCAUUUUCAAUCUCAUGGAGUUCAAAGUUAAAUUUAAAAACGUUCGUCGAUGGUAUGUCGGUUACUUUCUUCUUGUUGGAGCUCAGAAUAUUGCAAUGACUGUAGUUUGGUAUAACUUUGCAGUCUUUUUAGAUUCGUGGUGGUUUGAAUUCAUGUUCUUAGUGAUUGUUCAAAGUGGAAUCAUGAGCUUAAUGUGCAUGAUUCUCUAUUUCUUCUACCUUAAACCCAAAGACAAAGUGUUCUUUGUUAAUGAAUAGAAUAAUCUUAGUUAUGAAUGUAUUUCUGACAAGAGUUCAUUGUUCAAAAAUUCUGAAGAUUUAAAUAAAUUUAAGUGAAAAAUUUAAAGAGAAAAUCAGAUCCAUGACCAUAAAAAUGUUCCAUCUUAUUUGUCGUAAUAAUUUUUAAUGAUGUUUAUUAAGUUACAACGCUUAAGAGAUGGAAAAUAAAAU